CACAAGUACGGAUUACAAGGUGUGUACGGAGUACUUGGUGUACGGAAAACAAACAGCACCGAAACACCAAUCGCCAAGCAUCUCGGCAUCGUCGCUUCAACCAACCUCAUUGCCCACGGGUCAGGCAGACGACCGGCUACGUUCGUUGCUUGGUUACAGUGGGGGGCUAAACUGUGGCACCCAGUCCCUGAGAAUACGUCCCAAUGUGCUCCGUCUUCCUGAUGCUGUCAUGGCCCUGAAAUUCCCCGUUUAUCCUCCAUCAAGGUAUGGGGGUGGAACCGAGCCCGUGAAACGGCCAAAGGAGUUUGCAUGCUUCUCAUAUGACAAGGACCACAAGUUUCGCCUGGACGAUUCGUCUCUGAAAUGGUACUAUCCUCCAGACCUCGGUGUAGACUUGUCGCGAGGAAGCGACACGUUCAUUCAACAUGACGACUCGAUAGACGAACACUUGGAUAGCCUCCUCAAAACCAUUAAAGCCUACGAAGAGCAGACGGGCGAGCCGAUAGAUGCGCACGUCGUCACCUGGAGAGGCAUGCUGACCAAGAUAAUGGCCGCACCGUUUGAUGACGAGGCGUUCGAGAUGAACGCCACCCUCUACCGAGGUUGCAUCUUUAUCGAGGAGCACCAUGGCUUCAAGGAGCAAAAACGGCAGAUGGAGAACAGCCGGACGGGACAGAGGAUCCUGCCUUCGCUGAUGCAGUAUUGGGGGUAUAAAUUCGAGACGCUCAGCACUCUGCCGCGGCCAUGGGCUGAGACAUCGAGGGACUACAUUGAGAAUCGAGACCAGGAAGUCGUCAACAACAAAGAGCAAUACUGCUCUGUCGUUCGGACGGGUUUUGGCAAGUCAAUAGUCUGCCUCGGGGGCGAAGUCGACGCGAUCUGGGACGCGAAGCCGGCGACGCCGGGAGACCCGAUCAACUGGGUGGAGCUCAAGACGAGCGCCGAGAUCCGCAACCACAACGACCAAUUCAAGUUUGAUCGGAAACUGAUGAGGUACUGGAUUCAGUCAUUCCUUCUCGGCGUGCCCAAGAUCAUAGUCGGCUUCAGGACCCAAGACGGCAUCCUCAGCAGGGUGGAGGAGUUCAGGACCAUGAGCAUCCCCCAUGAGGUCCAACGCCGGGGGUUGGCGAAGUGGGACGGAAACGUCUGCAUCAGGUUUACCAGCCUCUUCCUCGACUGGCUUCGCCGCAGCAUAGAUGAUGAGGGCGUUUGGAGGAUAAGGCGACGACAGAAGUCGGACUUCAUCGAGCUUUUCAAAGUCGAGGAGGUUGGGCACGGCAGCAUCAUCACGGACGAGUUCAUGAACUGGCGGAUAAAGCUCUCUCUCCGCAAGAUGAAGGCGCCAGAGCCGGCGUCAUCACUAGCGGGGGAGCCAACUUCGGGGACAGAAGGGGCGUCUGCAGCUUGA